UUAUUUUUAUUCUUCUGUAAAUUCUUCCUGUGUACACAUCCGUUUUUGUUCAGUGUCUAUGGUGGUUCUUGACCUGUGGUUAUCUUACUCCCUUCGGCUGAAGUUGUAGGCACAUAGUGAACUAUUUCUCUCUUUCUCACAGUGUAUUUUCGUCUAUUCGUCAAUAGUCAGUACGUUGCAGAUCGUCGGCGCGGUCGAUACUGUUGUAGUGCUGUCUGUACAUGUGACCGAGAGAAGCCGAAGUGUUUUUCCCGUGUAAUCACGAGAAACUGUUCGAAUAUUUAAAAAAUACGAUAAUAAUAAGAUAUUGUAGCACUGAUCAAACUACUUUGAUUCAUCGGUACUACAUAAACGGAAAUUUAACUGUGACAUUACUACAAAAAUAUUGUAUGUGAAAUACUUGCGAGAUGCGAGACGGUCUACUGAUUGGAUUUCACGUGAUCUCCUGUGUACAAUUCGCAUUCUCCGUGUAUUAUGAUUACAUGUACACUGUAGUUCCUCCGAAUGUACUUAAAGUACACAACGGCUACGGCGGGAAAUUCAAGUUUCUCACUUUCUGGGACGCGAUUAUUCAAGCAGUAUUUUUCUUCAUAUGCAUUUUGAAUGACUGGUUUGGUACAAAUGCAGUUAGUCCCAAGAAACCACCCUUUGUACGCAAACUUAAGGAUCAUAUGCACUCGAUUCUUGGUUUCCCGGUUGCUAUGUUCGUUGGAAUAAUAUUCUGGGCUUUAAUGUUUGUGGACCGCGAGUUGGUACUCCCAAAGGCGCUGGAUCCAUACUUUCCAUGGUGGUUGAAUCAUUUGAUGCACACGUCAAUCAUGGUUUCUACUUUUAUAGAAAUGAUGUUAUCCCCUAGGAAAUAUCCAUCGAGAUCGUACGGUCUCUUUUGUCUAACCUUCUUCAUAAUCUUAUAUUUAAUUUGGGUGCACAUAAUUUUCUACAAGAGCGGUAUCUGGGUCUACCCAGUUCUAGAAGUACUGUCGUUGCCAUUACGAACUGUAUUCUUCUCUGUACUCAUCUCGAUCGCCUUGAUCUUGUAUAUGAUCGGGGAAGCAGUGGACAACUUCUUUUGGGGUAACGAAUAUACUAAAAGCAAAAAUUCUUACGCCAAGAGCAAAUAGCCUCACCUAUGGUGAUUAGCUGCGCUGACUUCGGUUAUACAUUUAGCCUCCGCUAAGGUGGUGGUGAAUAAAAAAUAAAAACCAAUUUUCUACCUCCUCCUCCUAUCAUCCUCCCCUUUUGUCCUACGUUACAGCAUGCACGAAUGAAUCUUUUUCUUUCGAAAACUCUUAAACAAAAACAUAAAACAAUAAUAUGUGCAUGCAGAAAAAGGAGCGCAUUUUUUUUAAUCUGAAAUCAGAGAGCACGAGGAGAACGCGGUCGUUAAUAAUUUGUUCAUUCGAAGAGGGUUACGUAACUAGAGCAUGUAGAUAAGACUUUUUCUGUCGUGUGGUUUGUUGUGUCACAUAUAAAAGAAGGGAAGACUAAUUGUAACGACUACAUUGCACACACUCUGAUGCCUAAUAUUCAUGGUGAUGUAAAUUAAAAAUUGGAAAGAAAUGGCAAGUAAAGAAAA